AUGAGUCAGGUAUUUUGGGUUCUACGCCAUAAAACGGAACCAUCUUUAUCAUCUCCAAAAAGAACCAUUGCCAUGAAGAUAAAGAGGCCAAGGACACAUCAAACAAAAUUUUUGAUAUUCGUCGCCCUGAGGACAUCAAGCAAUGGCCACCUAAUCCAUGAUACGGUAAGUGAUAUGGAAUACAUGCUUGAAUACCAUGAAAUUUAUUUUGAUUCAGUGAUGGAGAUUAUCGAGCAGUCUUCUGAAUUUUUUGCACGCAAUAUUCUGACGCUCGAUGAUCCCACAAGUACAGAUAUUGAUAUAAUUGUUAAGAUAUCUGAUCACAACGUAGACGCUUUCCGCAGAAUUGCCCUAGACGUCUAUACUAUCGAGCUUCGUGAAAACCAAAGAGAACCCAUCCCUAGCGAAAAAGAUGAUAUAUGCCCAAUUUGCUGCGAAGAGUUUGGCACAGAAGGAGAGAUCAACUCUUUAAAGGGUUUGAAUCAUUUUCUUAUUGUUGGGAAUAGGGAUGGUGAUGGUGGUUAG